GUUGUCGAGGUUGUCGCGGCGCAACUGCGCGGACGUAUGUGAGCGCUGAGGAAAAGGACGUGCGCGAUGGAACAACCGCCGCGUCCCCCUUUCGCCCCCUUUCCUUUCGUGAAAGGACAACCAACUUGCAACCCCAGACACUCUCAGCAGCAUCGCUUCACAGGCACAGUGUGACGUCGAACGUUCACGCAGUAAGAUACCCACCGUCCGUGUUCUAGCGACCGAGUCAGCUUGACAGCGAUAAUGCGGGUUACAAGACUCCUCCGCCUCUGGAAACACCUAACCCUCUUCGUCCUCCUCCUCCUCGCCUACACUUACAUCCCCGACCCGGUCUUCGACACCGUCCAAUUCCUCCUCUCCCGCAAAUUCGGCCUCCUAGGCGGCAAACCCGCUCACGAGCGCACGGGGGACCUCGCGCCUUACCUACGAACUUGGAUGACACCUAUAGACGUACGGCGGCAGAUCGAUAGAUGUUCGUGGCGUAAUGAGACUGGGAGACCACCGCCGGUGCAGAGGAUACCCAAAUAUGUGCAUUUCGUCCGUGUGAUGGAUAGGGACGACUAUUUUGGUAUGAUGCACUACCUCGCCAUCCGCGCCGCGGUCGUCAACAUCAAGCCAGAGAAGGUGUUCUACCACCACCGCGGGCUACCGAGCGGGGAGUGGUGGGAUCGCGCUCGGGGGAUGAUCACCGACCUAACACCCACCGCAGACGUCAAGGAGAUAUUCGGGAAUAAAGUGGAACAGGGGGCGCAUAAAGCGGAUGUGAUCCGGCUGCGGGCCUUGCAGAAGUGGGGCGGGAUCUAUCUGGAUAUGGAUGUGAUUGUGACGAGGUCGUUUGAUCCGUUGUUGCAUCAUACGACUGUGUUGGGGAUUGAGGGGUUUAAGCCGUGGAUUGGGCUGUGUAAUGCGGUGAUUCUUACUGCACCGAAUGCGCCGUUUUUGAAAAGGUGGUAUGAUUCGUACCGCACGUUUGACGACUCGAAAUGGAGUGAUCAUUCUGUCAUCAUGCCCUACACACUCUCCAGAACAACCCCCGCCACCGACCUCUGCACCCUCCCCACAACUGCCUUCUUCUGGCCCGCCUACUGGCUCCCCCACAUCCAAUUCGUGCACGAAGAAGACGAAUGGGACUUCUACAACGACUUUCAGUACGCGGCGCACUUGUAUAACACCGGGUGGAAGUAUCUGAAGAACGCGACCCCGGAGUAUAUCAGGGGCACGAAUACGAGCUUUACCAGGCUGGUUAGGCCGUAUUUACCGGAUGAUGUUUAGAGUAGGGGUAGGGGUAGGGGCGUAUGUAGGCGUGGUUGGCAUAGAGAUUUAUGUCGAGGGAAGCAAUUUUGGGGAUUUUGAGGAUUGCCGGCGGUAUGGGAGCGGCGUAAUAGACAUCUUUUUUUUGGAAACGGGCUGACCCAAUACCCCUUCAUGCAUGUAAUAGGAUUCGAGAAAAUCACAGGCCAUCAAAAGCCCUGACUGAGUCUGUUCCAUCUGAAUAAUUCUCUCCAAACCUCGUC